UAUUUUAUAGAAUCCGCAGCGAUCCGCCGUUGUAUCGAAUGCGAUAAUUCGACGUUAUAUGUUUUUCGAAUUAUUGCUUUUUGUGCUCCCGUUGUGAAAUAUUAUUUUUUUUCUUUUGUAAAACUCAAAGUGUCUAGCGAACGAGAAUGAAACAAAUCGUCACUAAUCAAACGGUUAAAAUCCCAGAGGGAUUGACUGUUACAGUCAAGUCCCGUCUGGUAACGGUGAAAGGACCGAGAGGUGUAUUGAAACGAUCCUUCAAACACCUCGCACUAGAUAUUCGUAUGGUCAGCCCGAGGUUAUUGAAGGUGGAAAAAUGGUUUGGUACGAAAAAGGAGCUAGCUGCUGUUCGUACCGUAUGCUCGCACAUCGAGAAUAUGCUUAAAGGUGUGACGAAGGGCUACCAGUAUAAAAUGCGAGCUGUGUACGCUCACUUUCCCAUCAACUGUGUCACUACGGAGAACAACACAGUUAUAGAAAUUCGAAACUUCCUGGGCGAGAAAUACAUACGUCGUGUCAAGAUGGCAUCGGGCGUGACUGUUGCAAAUUCUGGCAAGCAAAAAGAUGAAUUGAUUAUAGAAGGAAAUUCCUUAGAAGAUGUAUCUCGUUCAGCUGCUCUCAUUCAACAGUCAACCACAGUGAAGAACAAGGAUAUUAGAAAGUUUUUGGAUGGACUUUAUGUGUCUGAAAAAACAACAGUUGUACAAGAUGAUGAAUAAAUUUUUUUAACGUAUGACUGAAUAA